AUGCUACGGGUCCGUGAUGCAUCAGAGAGAGCUGACAUCCUGCAACAACUUGGCCUAACCACUAACGCUUCAAGGCAUUCUACCAUGGCGCCUGCAACAGCAUUCACCACCUGGGACCCUGAUAGGAUCACACCAUUUGUGCCAGCAGCCCGGCGAGGAGACGUCUCAGCA